GAGCCCAGGCUGGGGUGGGCAGGCACUCAGGGACCCUAGAGCUGGGAGGCUGACACGAAGCCAGCGAACAAAUCCCCCAGCCCAUGUCCAGAGCUGAAGCCACGAGCAAAGUUCAGACCACUAACCACAGGACUGGGAGAAGGUACCAGGGAGUCCCGACCAAUUGCUCUUGGCUCCUCAACUGGCUUCCUCCCUCCAGUGGCUUAUGGGGUACUAUCCUGCCCAGCUCUGCUAAGAUGAUCCUGGCCUCUCCCUCCACCCCGUCCAGGGGACGGACCCCCAGCGCCGUGGAGAGGUUGGAGGCCGACAAAGCCAAGUAUGUCAAGACACACCAAGUGAUAGCACGACGUCAGGAGCCAGCCCUGCGUGGGGGUCCCGGACCGCUUUCCCCGCACCCCUACAAUGAGUUGGGACCCCCUGGAUCGCCCAGGACGCCCAGGCCCGCCCGCCGGAGCAGCGGCAGGCGGCUGCCAAGGCCUGACUCCCUCAUCUUCUACCGCCAGAAGCGGGACUGCAAGGCUUCGGUGAACAAAGAGAACGCCAAGGGCCAGGGGCUGGUGCGGCGCCUGUUCCUGGGGGCCCCCCGCGACGCCACCUCGAGCAGUCCCGGCCCAACCGAGCGACCAGCGGCUCCUGGGGUUUGGGCCGCUCCCCAAGAUGCCCCGGAAGCGUCAGGAAAGCGGGCACUGUGCCCCACAUGCUCACUGCCCUUGUCGGAGAAGGAGCGCUUCUUCAACUACUGCGGCCUGGAGCGCGCGCUGGUGGAGGUGCUGGGCGCUGAGCGCUUCUCUCCGCAGAGCUGGGGCGCCGACGCCAGCCCCCAGCCCGGGGCGCCGCCGCCGCCCGGCUCCGGGGACACCAGCGACUGGACGUCCAGCGACACGGAUCGCCCGGACGGUGCUGGCGGCGGCGGCGGCGGCGGCGGCGGCGGCGGCGGCGGCUCGGAGGCCGCGGGCUCGGCGCGGGACGGGCGCCCCCCGGUGUCCGUGGUGGAGCGCAACGCGCGCGUCAUCCAGUGGCUGUACGGCUGCCAGCGCGCCCGCGACCCGCCGCGCGAGUCCGAGGUGUGAUUGCGGCCGCUCGGGAGCGGGCUUCCGGGAAGUCCGGGGUCCGGGCAGGGUUAAGGGGUGGGCGCGGGGCUGGACCCGGGCACCGGAAGGGACGCCCUGCCUCUGACGCGCCGGGUGCCGUGGGGCGAGACCUUCCCUCUGGAUCUGGGCUUCCCCUUGUGAACCUUGGGAGGCUGGGACGAAAUGAUUCCCAAAGGCCCUUCCCAGCGCAGACGGCGGAGGGGGAGGGGGCAGCUAUGUGGCCCCUGUGGAGGCCGGGUCUGGGGAGAGAGGUCUUGGGUGGGAGAUCAGAGAAUCUGCUGAAUAAAGCCACAAUGUUAUUUAAA